CCUAAUUACGGAAUGCCCGUCCUACGCCCAGUCGUUCAGGUCCGCAGUGCCAACUACUGAGUCCCAACCCUUUAGUGAAGUCAGCACGUAGCUUACUAUGGCUCCUCAUCCUCUCGUCGAUAAGGGAACACCGUCGUUCACGCUUCUUGAUGCAAAUGGAGAAUCAUUCAAGUUUCCACCGGAGGAAGGAGGCAAACGCAUAGAGAAACCUAUAGCAGUUUUCUUUUACCCUCAGUCUGGCACCUUUGGCUGCACUCGUGAAGCCUGUCAAUUUCGUGAUGCGCUGGCUGAGAACGAGAUAUUCAAGCGCUCAGAUGUUCAAGUAAUUGGCAUCAGCGCUGAUCCGGUGGAAAAGCAAAAGUCUUUUGUUGAAAAGAAUCGUCUUUCCUUCCCAGUCCUGAGCGAUCAAGAUCAUGUUGCCCACAAUGCCUUUCAAGUCGGAAGGGGCAUGCUCGGUUUGACGGAUGCUCGCACAACAUUUGUUAUUGAUAGCGGAGGCAUCAUCAGAGGUGUACUGAGCGCUACAAUGAACUAUAGCGCGCAUGCCAAGUUUGUUACGAAGGAACUCGAGAAGAUACAAGAAUCUGAAGGGAAGACUGGGGCCCAACCGGGCGAGGGCGCCGGACAAGAACAACAGGCGCGGCCCCCGACUCCAGAUAAUCCGGAUUCCUCCCCUGAAGGAGAUGAAAUGGGCCGCGCAGUGAGCACGGUCUGCGGCUAGGCCGGUGUACUUGCAUGACCACUGAUGCGUGUUAUCUACGACUGAUUGCCACGUUACGACUGCUCCGUCUGUAAAUUUGUUUCUGUGUAGUGUUUACCGAUGUACUGCUAUGAAUUUUGAU